AUGGCUUCUUCAUCUUCCAAACCUGAUCAUGCUUCCAAGGACAUGAAAACCGAUGGCUCCUCCACCCUCUCUGCUGCAAAAAAAUCGAAGAGAAACCGCAAAAUCUGCCUCAAAAGGCUUCCUAAACACAAUGACAAAUCUAUGGUUACGGGUCGCAUUAAACUACCUGAUAUGCUUGUGGAACAAUCUUGGUUGGAAGCUUUACCUGAUGAAUUUCAGAAAUCGUACGCCCUGGCUCUUUGCAUGUUCGUUGGAAAUGAGUAUUUUGCUUUCAAAGAUUCUGUAUAUCCUCCUCCGCAUUUGAUUUUCGAUGCUUUUAACACUACUCCUUUUCAUUCUGUUAAGGCUGUGAUCCUUGGCCAGGAACCUUAUUCUGGACCUGGUCAAGCAAUGGGGCUAUCAUUCUCGGUUCCUCGAGGAGUCCAAUUUCCAUCCACUUUGAAGAAUGUACUUAAGGAGGUUAAGAAUGAUCUUGAUUGUAAGGUUCUACGUCAUGGCAAUCUUGAAAAAUGGGCUCUGCAGGGCGUUCUCUUGCUGAAUGCUGUUCUCACAGGUAGGAUAAAUGAAAAUAAUGCAAAUGCACAUGCAAACAUAGGCUGGGAACAAUUUACGGAUGCUGUUAUCAAAACGAUCUCAGAGAAGAAGGAAGGACUUGUGUUUCUGCUGUGGGGAGAGUAUGCUCAGGAGAAAAUUCGCUUAAUUGAUCAAACCAAGCAUCAUAUUCUGAAAGCUGAACAUCCUUCUGGAGCUACUGUGAAAGGAGGUUUCUUCGGCUGCAAGCACUUCUCUAAAACUAACCAAUAUCUGGAGCAAAAUGGGAUUGGUCCCAUAGAUUGGAAAUUUUAA